UCCACACCAGUGUAAAAUUUAGUGUUAAUCAAAGGAAAAAGAUUUGGAAUUGUAGGCCCAAGUGCUCGCUAUUAUGAGUAUUCAAGCGAAAUAAAAUGAAGUGUGGAAUGCUAGUAGAAUAUUGCAUCCAUAGUACAUAUAACAUGAAGAGAGGUAUGAUUAUUAGUGGUGUGGAGAUGUCAACUGUAUUAAGAAUGAAUGCACAGAACAGAUGUGCUUUCUUCUGUUCCAUCUUUUCUGAUUAUUUAAAUCAAUAACAGUUGGCAGACUAUGACCAUUCUCAGUUGUUUUUCUCCUACCUUAUAGUUCAGUAUUAAUGUAUGGCACUUAACACUGUUUCAUUGCAGGCAGCUGUAGCACGUAGCUUCUGCAAAACUGUUGAUGUGUAUGACCAGGAUAUACACGUUAGGACACUAUGUACACUCCUGUAUCCAACAUCACUGACCUUCAUGCAAAGUUCGCGUUACGGAAAUGAAAGUUCUAUAUUAGCUGUUACUGAGGGUUGCCAGCUGAGUAUAUGGGACUUGAGAAUGAAAGAAAAUGGUGGCUGCAUACAACGAAUAUGUGGAUCCCUUGGUGAUGACUUCUACACUGUUUGCAGUUCCUCAACUGGGAACGUUGCAGUCGGUGGAGCUGAUCGUACAGUGAAAAUCUACGAUCCUCGUAGAUGGGCAACACUAUCAAGAUGGGUGCACUGCUCGAAAUAUGAGAUUACCGGGCUUGCAUUCUCUUCAAUUGACUCCAACCAUAUUUAUAUACAAGGGGUUGAUUAUGAGGUCUUUUGUGGAAACUGGAAAGAGAACAGCAAGGUUUUUUCCUAUAGAGGAGAUUCAAAUUGGCUUGGUUUUAGCAAGUGCCAGAACAGGGAUGUUGUCGGUGGAUGGUGUGAUUCAGGUAGCAUCUUUGUGGCCGAUGUAGAAAUUUUGUGCGAAUGAAUUUCUCUACAACUGGUUCAAGCAUCUCUCAUCUAUGUAAGAUAAAUUUUACUACUACGCAGGAUUACACUACAGAGGUCUGGCCUAAUAAUAGUUUAAACAGAUUUGAUAUUCUUAGCCCUGUGGUAUUUAUUACUACUCUGUUCUGGACCCAAGAAGCAUCAUAUGACUGUCCAAGCAAUCAGCAGAGAUAUAUAUGGGUCUUCCUGUGCUAAUAUAUUGAUUCUCUCUUGUAAUAAAGUGGAGGUGAGUGCUAGAUUCUUAACUUGGGAAUAUAGUUGGAUCUGAAGCCCCAUGU